AUGGAUAGUGAGAGUAGUGGCAACAACACUCGAAGUGCAGCUGACAAGGAGAGGACCAAGAUGAGAGAGAGGCGGAGGAGGUCCAUCACCACCAACAUUCUCCACGGCCUCCGCAAGCACGGUGGUUACCGCCUCUCCCCUCGCGCCGACAUCAACCAAGUCCUCCGCGAGCUCGCUAAAGAAGCCGGCUGGGUCGUUGACCCCGACGGCACCACCUACCGCUCCACCUCGACCACCACCACCAAUGGUUCUAAUGUCUGUCCACUCUGCGGCACCCGAAAGGGAAGCAGCAGCACUUCGAUACGGAUUGGAGGCGGAGAGUGUUCGACUACGGUGUCGCCUCGCCGCGUGACUGACAGAGACUCCGUUACGGGAUUCGGCGAGCCCGCCACUUCUCUCUACUACUCCGGUGGCGUUGCUGCUUCGACGACUCAAGGCGGUCUCGCCCCGUACAUGUACGGGAUGCUAGAUGUCGGAAUAAACCAACCCUCCACCGUAACCGGCUCCUCCACGGACGGCGGACCUUCGUCUGCCGUGACGGUGGCGUAUCAGCGGCAGCAACUAUACUUGCAGGAGGCGAGGGCCUCAAACCAGAAUACUCCCAUGGCCUCACCUCAACGCCAUACCUAA